CUACGACUUUCAGAGUGUGGUGCUACAAGUUAAAGGACUUUGUGGAUCACAAACCAGCACUUCAAUUUCAACUGCCAUCAGAGAAAUGCUGGGACGAUUCUGACACCGGGAUCAAAACCAUGAAAACUACGCUGUUACAAGCUGUCAACAGACGAUUCGGCGACGUCCAAGAAGAACCGCUUUACUCAGUUGCCACUUUACUCGAUCCACGGUACAAAGACAGAUACUUCACAAGAAAAGAGGCGGCCAAGUUUGCAAAGGAUGCUCUGGCACGAGAGGUUGAGAAGAUGGAGGAAAUACUGCAGAGGACAUCGACUAUAGUAGGUGAGCCAGUAGCUAAGCUUCUCUGCCUGGAAGCAGCCAGGCCUAGUACAAGUACAAGCGAAUGCAGCUUAAGCAGUCUGUUUGAAGAAAUUUUGGAGGAGCAUGAAGAACCCACUGCAGGAAGAAGCGUCACAAGCACUACUAGUCAGAUACAGACAUAUUUGGCAGAGCAAACCAUUCCCCGCUCUGACAGUCCAUUCCAGUAUUGGAGAAUGAACCAGCACCGCUUCGCUGCCCUGGCUGCAACUGCCGUCAAAUUUCUCUGCGCCCCUUGUACCAGUGUUGAAAGUGAAAGAUUGUUUAGCACAAUCUCCAGUGUUGUAGGUGAAAAGAGGAGUCGACUAACUGCAGACAAAGCAGAAAUGCUGUUCUUCCUAAAAAAAAACUUACCCUUGGUGCUUAAGUGAACUUGAGACUCGAGCAAGAAAGCAAUCAUUACUGUUAUUUCUGAUUGUCUACUUGUUAGCCAUUUAUAUCUACUUUGUUGCCGCUGCUGCUACAAUGUUCUUACUUGAAUUGCUCAUUAUUCCAAAAUGUUUUAUGAAAAUGCCUUUGCACUAUACCAGCACUACUUGUAAUGUCUUGGAUUAUUUAUUUGAAAUAUUUAACUUGCACAAUAAAUGACAGAAUUGGAAUGCAGUUUAUUUAUUUACUUUGGGUGGGUCAGUGUGUGUGUUUAACCAAGU